ACCGUCGCGUACUGACGACGUCAUCACCGAGGCGCCGCACGCGUUGGCUGCUGUAGAAGUUCCCUCAUGGCGGAUUCUUUCUCCCAGGAGCUUCAACUCCUCCUCAACCCGCGCCCGAAGUUCGCCGACCCGGAGGACGACGAUGACGAGGCGACCAGAGCCAAAGUCAGCGACCUUUUCGUCGAGGACGACCUGGCCCAGGACGAGGCGGCGGUCGGCCUCAGCGCGCUGCGGAAGAAGAACAUCCUCCUGCUGGCCGACACUGACCGCAGGUACUCGGGGGAGGCCGUGUCCCGCCAGCAGCUGCUCGUGGACCAGGAGGGCGAUGGAGAGGAGGAGGACGGUGGAGAGGAAGAGGACGACAAAGAGCUGGAUUGUAUAGCAGAUGAUGAAGGGAGUGAUGACGUCACUCUACAACAAGUAACUGAGGGCAUGGAUGACCUGGGAGCCAGUGAGGAUGACGACAGUGACGAAGGUGAGGGGGAUGACAGUGACGAUGAAGAAGGUGAGGAGGAGGACGAAGGUGAGGAAGACGAGGUGGCCAUCUCCACUUUCUCCAAAGACAAAGUGUCCGAGGAGGUGGAGAAAGGGAAGGCGGUGAAGAACCAGCUGGCUCUCUGGGACCAGCUGCUGGAGGGCCGCAUCAAGAUCCAGAAGGUUCUGGUGAGCGCCAACCAGCUUCCUCAGCCGGACACAUUCGCAGAAUUCAAACGGCGGGGCGGGGCUGAGCUGGCGGGGGCCGUGAAGAAGUCCCGCAAGGCCCUGAAGGCUCUUCAGAGGUCCCUGCUGGAGCUGCACAGUCAGCUGCUCCAGCAGAACCCCGACACCAGAACCGUCCUGCUGGGGGACGAGCUCGACGGCGAGGAGGAGAGCGCGCCCGUCAAACGCAAACUGGACAUGGCUGACUACCCGGAAAUGGCGGCCAAGCGUUUCGCCGCCUUCCGGCCGUAUCGUGACACCACGCUGCAGAAGUGGCACGACAAAACCCGCCUGAGCACGGGCAAGGGGGGCGGCAGCUUUGCGGCGUUCGAGCGCAACAUUGUGACUCAAGUGGAGCAGGUUCUGAUGGACAACGAGCGGCUGGUCAGUCGCACGCAGACACGGCGCUCCGAGUACCGCGUUCUUGGCAAAAGCGAGGCGUCGGACGCCGUGCCUGCCGAGGCCGAGGAGGAGGCGGACGCACCCCGGAAGGCCAACCUUCACCUGAAGGACUUGGACGAGGACAUCUUUGACGACGACGACUUCUACCACCAGCUGCUCCGGGAGCUCAUCGAGCGCAAGACGGGCGCCGUGGACCCCAACGACCAGGUGGCGGCGGGACGCCAGUGGCUGCAGAUCCAGAAGCUGCGCAGCAAGAUGAAGAAGAAGGUGGACACCAAGGCCAGCAAGGGCCGCAAGGUGCGCUACCACGUGCACGCCAAGCUGCUCAACUACAUGGCGCCCAUCCACCACGCCGCCAUGAACGACGAGGCCUGCAACGAACUCUACAGAGGACUCUUUGGCCGCGACGCCUCGGCCCCGUAGUCCAGGAGACCCACUUAGUAUGUUAUUGUAUCUACACUAUCUACAGUCGCCUGUGUCUGAUUCUGUGCGCGUGUGCGUGCGUGCGUGCGUGCGUGCGUGCGUGGUGUUUGACCCUUAACCUUUCAACACACGCACACGACAGACUUGCUUGACAUUUAAUCAGUGGUUAUCAAAUUUUUUCCCCCCAAAGUACCACAAUAAUGACCGACUUUGAAAUAGAGUAGCCUAAUAGACCUAAGUAUUCAUUAAAAACUAGGCGGAGGUUUUAUUUAACAAGUAUAUGUAUAUAUAUAUGUAUACAUAUGGCCACUGUAACAUGACACAUGGUUUGAACAGUGACACUGUGUUUGAAUAUAGCGACCUAAAACACUGUACCUUAAUCAAAUGAGUCUUUGAUGUACCACUAGAAGGAGCCCAGGUACCACUAGGGGUACACUUACCACAGUUUGAGAAUCACUGAUCUAGACUGUUCUACACAUUACACAAUAAUUAGGAUUUUGGAAGAUUCUUUUUUAUUAUUAUUAUAAACUGGUGUAUUUGGGAAUGUUAUGUUUUGAUCAGGAAACAAGAUUCGCCUCCCAAAAUCAAUAAAUAUAUCAACUUGUGAGAGAAAACGUAAGUUUCCCGCUUUAAUGUCACUUUUACUGGUAUAAAGUGUUCAGUCAAAAAAAGAAAACCUGUUUUAAAAGCGCACAAGUGGACUUAAUGUAACAAGACUGUACUUCCUGGAUAUUCUGUGACAUCACACACAAGUCAUGACAUCAUCACAUGCAAGUUAACAGUAAUUACCAGGGCUGUCAAUCUUUGGGGACCACAAGAUUCGAUUUGAAAAUCUAAACUUUUGUUAAUAACAUUGGCUGCCAAAUAUAUUCCUCCUUAACAAAUUCUAUAGAACUUCACAGGAACAUGAUUUUGUUUAAUAAAACUACCCAAACAUUUAAUAAAGUGGCUGGACAGGACACAUUAAAAAUAACAGUAAUACAAAACUUGCCGUUAGUAAAAUAUAAUUUAAAACAAAAAUAAUAAAACAUAAUCUCAGGUUUUAAAUCUUAACAGUAUGGCUCAAUUCUAAAACCUUUAAUUCUGUGUGAAAUAUUUUGAAAUACAUGUUUUAUAAGGUUUGAUGAUAAGCAUUACAAUAAAAAAGUAUUUGAUACAACAAUGUGCCAAUCACGACUGUCGUGUUGGGCAAUACUGAUCUCACACCAAUUAAAAUCAUUUUCAACUUCAUUUGUGAACAAUUUUACAAUAUUUCAAAACGAGUAAAAAUAUCAAUAAAAUGAUACAAUUGUU